CGAGUUUAUUGUCUUAUUAUAUGUAAUAUAUUUUGUAAUUUAAUAUAAACUUUCAAUUGUUUGGAUUGUUAUAUAAGUAGCUAUCGUUUCGCACUCUCAGCACAAACACAGAAAUUGUUUCACAAAAACGAUUGUAACGUUUGAUAAGAUCUGUUGGAAGAGUGAGAAAGAGAUUGAGAGAAGAAGUAUCUAAUCUAAAGGAAGAAUAGACUGUUCUCUCAAUACAGGAGUCUCUCAUCCCUUAGUCUUCACAUUCAAUACAUUCUUCAAAUUCAAUGACUUUUUCAUCAAAAUUUUUUGUUGGUUACAACAAAACAACUGCAUUCUCCUCGUCAUCAUCUCCUUCUCCUUCAUCCUCUUUGCUAACGUAUUGAUCGCAACAGUAAUUAACUAGUUUUAGACAAAUGUUUGCGAAGGGAAUGAGAAAUUACAAGAAUCACUAGAAAUGCCUAAUAAAAUGAUCAAAAACUCGAGCCACCAAUGAAUCAAACAAAACACAGUUAUCAGUGAAGCACUCAAAAGUGUCGUCAAGACAUAGGGAAGAGUCACCGAAACCACUGAUGAACUGAUGAACAUCUGGUCAAUAAUAAGAUGACAAACGGGACGAUAAGCGCUGUAAACACUCGAAUGGAUACACUUUUGCCAAACACUUCAUACACUAAUACACGACAAACAAAUAUCACAUCAUUUGUCACAAACACAUCCAUUAUCACCGCUCAGUCCAAUAGCACUGCCACUAUCAACACAACCAUGUCAUACAUAUCAAUACCGAGCACAUCCACCACAACAGAGUCGGUCAUCACUGCCGGCGACGAAUUGGCCAAAAAUGUGACGCCAAUGCUCGGCACGAUUGAGACAAUAGUGCCGCUCGACGACAGGUGCUACUCGACGCCCGACGAUUACGAGCUCAUCCAAUCAGUCAUUUGCUCGACACUAAUCGUGUUGGGCAUCGUAUACCUCCUAUACGGCUACCGGUGCUUCAAAGCGAUCAUGUUUUUGACCGGUUUCGCGUUCGGCACCACAAUUAUCUACAUGAUCUGUACGGCCGAGAAUCUGUUGCCCGUUUACGGCAAUGUCAGCGUCUCGUUAGUGGCCGGACUGCUGUUCGGUCUCAUCACUGUACUAGUCGUAUACGUCGGCCUAUUUAUGCUGGGCUUUCAUUUGGGGCUCAUCUUCACGUGCGCCACACUUAUUGUGAUAUAUCUUCUCUCGCCAUAUAUCGACUCAAUAGAGCCCCCGAACUCUGUCUGGAUUUUAUUCGCUAUAUUCAUGUCAUUGGGUCUGACCGGAGCCUGUGCUACACUUUACUUUCAAAAAGGCUGUACAAUAAUGGCCACAGUUCUGUACGGAAGCUCAUUGACACUCAUUUGUUUGGAUUACUUCAUCGAGAACUUUAAGCUCGUCUAUUGGUUUCGCGACAAAUUACGAGACGGACAGUCGUUUUACGACACAAUAGGGAUGACCAGAAACACCAAUCUAUGUCUCGUCUCAUGGAUUCUGUUGGCUCUCUGGCCGGUGAGCGUAGUGUUGGGUCUAUUGGUCCAGUGGUGCUGCACUUCUCGGGGCGUCAAUUACGAGAACGACUACAACUACGGUGUGGUCACGUCGACCACAGCCGCCGCUGCUGUCGGCCAGACAUCUGCCCAUCGGCUCAGACGUGAGGAACAGAAACUGGAACAAAGGCAACGAAAGUAUAGGUACUUAUAUCAGGUGCGCACCGCUCACGGAGAUGUCAUCUCACAGCAUUACAUCCAGAGUUUGCAUAAGAAGAAGGUCUGUCCCCCGGACGACAGCCUGACCUACAAUUCAGACCUCUCGACACACCUAACAAUCAUACCAUCGGAUUCAAGGACUACCACAAUGAGCGUCGCGUAGACUAUAAUUAUAUCUAUAAU